AAAUAUUGCUGUUUUUUAAUUCACAUUGCACAGUCGUAAAAAUAUAAAUAUCACGUUUUGAUGAAAUGUGAACUUCUGUACGAUGUUGUGUUACAAAAACAUUCAUAGGGCCUGGUCAGCGGUUCGAGUCCUAUUGUUAUGGAAAAUUGUUAUAAGGGCAGCGAAUACAACAGAAAUAUAUGGCAAUUUACCAGAUAAAUCUAUUAUAUCGAGAAUAUUUAAUGAAUUCGUGGCACCUAUGAUGAGAUCUCUGCCAGUAGACAGUCCGUUGUUUAGGGCGUUCAAAGAUAACACAGUGAAGAAGGCAAUAAACGAAAGAAUAUCUGAAUUGCACCAAUAUCUGCAAGACGAUGACCGUAACGUGUUUGAUGAAAACAAUUUUCUGUUGGAGGGCAACGACGAAACGGCCAUCAUAGAAUUUCUACCGAAGACGGAUAUGAGGCAUAAAAACGACACAGACUAUAACCUCCUUAAGAAUAAUAUAAAGAAAUAUAAGAAAAUAAGAGAGAAAAUUAAAAAAAGUUUAACGGAAGAAUCAGUCUCUGAGAAAACGAAAACUUUCGUACUUAAAACGUUGGAUGAUUUGAGUAAAGAAUUAAUAAAUGGGCGUUGUAGCGGAAAAAGCAUGCGGUCAGAGCAGAACAAAGAACCAUAUUUGCUAGCCAACAAAUGGAACGAGGGGUGGCGUCAUAUUAAAAACAGUGUCUACAGUUUUCUUACAGGCAAUUUUAGGAAAAGUAGCGAUAUACCGAAAUAUAUUGAUAAUCUCCACGUGCUCCUAAAGAAAAUAUCAAAGGAUGCCGAUUUAAUUUCUAAGAAAUAUAAAAUACAAUGCGAAUUCAUUCCAAAAAUAUCUUACCUGAGCACAGAAAGUUCGAACCCUCUGAGGCUUAAUUGGGACUCGACGGACUUAGAGGAAGAUCGCUGUCAAAGGACCAUCGUAUGUUCUAACGAACUGAAAGAUUUUAUGUUCAAAUUCUAUCAAACCCUUAACGAUACAACAGUUAGCGUAUUAAAAAAUUACGAAGAGAUGUACACGAGAGAAGUUAGCGCCGAUGACGCUAGGGAAAAGCGAUUAAUUACAUCUUUGCUCGCUCGUGCUAGCGAUGACGUCAAAACCGCCGUCAAAGAAGUGUAUUUGAAAGAAAUAAAAAAAUUCAGACUACACGAAAGUAAAAAUCACGAAGCUAAUAUCAUUUUGAUAUCUGAUUUCAUAAAGAAGAAUAUCGAAAACGUAAAGGAGAAAAUACGUAAGAUGUUAAGAGCGAGGCUGAGUAACGUCAGAGAUAAAGUUGCUGUUGUCAUACAAGACGAUGUGAAGGUAAAUUUGGACGUUGACCUGGGAAACCUGGAACAAGAGUUCACUAAACGCAUCUGUGCAACGUUCCGUCUUUGCAACGGCAAAUAUGCGGGCAGGCGGCAAAACGAUGAGGAGGGGAUCGACAAAAACAAUGUCCUCGUACAGGUUCAACUUAGUGUGGAUGAUGAUUCCGAGUUUAGACGUUUUUUAAACAAUCGUACAGAUGAUAAAAGUACCACGGCCACGUAUUCAUCCAAUGUCAACAUUACCAGAACUACUAUUUUUAGUUCAACAAUGCAAAAUUAAUUGAACAUUUUAAUAUUACAUUAAAAUAUAAAAUUAUAAAAACAUGACGGAAUAA